GUGGAUAAAAGACUUCUUAGUUGGGCGUCAACAAAGAGUUCGGGUGAACUCAAAGUUAUCUAGCUGGGAAACUGUGCUUAGUGGAGUGCCCCAGGGUACAGUUUUGGGGCCAGUGCUAUUCCUCUUGUAUGUAAAUGACCUUCCUUGUAUCCUAUCAUCAUCGGUCUUGCUAUAUGCUGACGAUGUCAAGAUAUGGAGAACGAUACGAUGUGAGGGUGAUAGCUUAGAACUUCAAAAUGACCUGAAGAAGUUAUCUGAAUGGUCUCAAACAUGGCAGUUGCCGAUAAAUACUUCCAAGUGUGUUGUGAUGCAUAUCGGUCAUCAAGGCACAGAUACAUACACGAUGAAUAACACUGAGCUACCUGUCGUCCAGACAUAUAAUGACUUAGGAGUUAUCGUUAGUCAAGACUUAAAGACUACUGCACACUGCCGUGCAAUAGCCGCCAAAAGUUUUAGAACGUUAUGGUCAAUACGUAGGGCUUUUAGUCAUGUUGACGCUAAGACGUUUUUGACUUUGUAUACAGUGUUCGUUCGUCCUAAACUUGAGUACUGCAUACAAGCGGCUAGCCCCUGCUUUAAAAAAGACAGUGAGCUUCUGGAAAAGGUUCAGAGAACGGCGACUAAGCUGGUUCCUGGAAUAGCGAAGCUUCCGUAUGAAUCUCGACUGGCCAAGCUGAACCUUUUCCCGUUGUCAUAUCGCAGAACUAGAGGCGACUUGAUUACAGUCUACAAAUUGCUUAGUGAUAAAUUUGCACCUAACAUGCCCUCAUUUUUCUUGUCUUCCAAAACAGAGAAUUUACGAGGACACUCCAAAAAAGUUCACAAGCCGAGAACAAAUUACUUGUCAGCUGACUAUCGACUUUCCCAUCGAAUCAUCAACGAGUGGAAUUCACUACCUCAGCACGUGGUUGAGGCUCCAUCCGUCGACUCUUUCAAAAGAAAGUUGGAUCAACUGAGAGACCACCAUUGCCAGGACUAACAUAGGCCAUCGAGCCUCCUGUCCUUCCCAAACUGAAACUGAAACUGACUUCCCAGGAGUCCUUCAAGAGGAAACUUGACCUAUUCUUAAGGACUAAGGAUAACAUCUUAUUAUGAGUUACCAAUAUCUUUUUUCUAAUCUGUUAUGGUUAAUAUACCUAUGUUCCUGCCUGGGGGUAUUGGUGAUCCCCUGCUACUAGACACGGAAGCCUGUUAAACGGAAGCUUCUAUUCCGUCCACGUCCAUUUGAAACUCGGCGAAAUUACAUAUAAAUGGUAUUUUCCGCUGUGGUUAAAGUGUAGCUUUUCGCUUAAAGGCUUUCUUAAAGUUAAUGCCUUAAUGGUUACACAAAUGCACACCAACCAGUCUAUUUUUGCCCACAUUUACCAUUGUCAUUUUACCUCCCACCAUAAUGUUUUCGACAUUUACUUACUGCUGGAAAACGUUUCUUAGCGCUUGACCUUAUUAUGAAGAGUAAUUCGUGUUUAAGAAGUAAUUUGCAGGAAUUCUAAUCACAAUCCUCAAAAAUAUCAGCAUUAUGGUGUCUGUCAUACUUUGUGUUUGUAAGUGAGAAGUAUGAUAAUUAUUGAUGUCUAGAAAAUGUGGAACUUAGCUGUGUAUCUGGAGUUUGUUUGAUGAGAACAUGUACUAAGAAUGUUUCUUUUUUCCAACUAGAGAUUAAUUUAACGUUUUAAGACCGGCUUAUUUUUUCUCAGUACAUCACAUACAUAUGAAAAUGUUGAAGUAUAUGUAGGCAUUCGUUUAUUUGAGAAAAGUGUUCAUAUUAAAAUCGAAACAAUAGCGUUGAAACUAAAUGUUCCCAUCUUCAGUGGUAGUCCGCAUUUUCGUCUAGUAAGUUCUGAAGCAAUAACCACCAACUGUUGUGGUGUGGUUGUAUUUGGAUUUUUAUUACAAUAUGAAGUGUGAUGUUCGAUAAGAAAACGGGAAGGAAAAAGAAUAACACUAAUUUGCUACUUAUAUCAUCAUUCUUUCGUUGCUUUUACGUUUGAUUUGUCUCAUCAUGAGAAAAACCUGAUAUAAAUUCUAGUAAGUCCUCUUGCUCACACUGACCAAUUCAAACUUUGCUGUUAAUGCAUCUACGUAAAAAGAAUCAUAAAAAUCCGUUCCUAAUUCGUUCAAUAAAAUCAAUUUGUUAAACCAUGUCUUACGCGAAGUUCCAAGAGAAGUAAAAUUGGUGGGCGAUCCCAGUCUCAUAACCUAAUCCUGAUUAUAUCUCAAUAAUGCCUUCAGAUUGCCAUUCAUGAGCUUGAUCACACUCAUCUGAAAUGUAAAUAAUUAAUUAAAGGAAUCUAUGAUCUUGCAUAUCUAUUCCUUAUACUUUCCUGCUAAGGAUGUUUCUAGGAUUUCCGGUUCCUUCUCACUUGAAGGCAACAAAACUGAUGAUCCACCCAUGUUACUGAACAUACUAUUAAAGGAUGAAUUAUUUAAAAUGCAUAUCAUUUGUUUAAUAUUAUCAGUCAAUUAGAUGGUUGCUACAAGCUUUUGAAAAGUAGCGUAGUGAAGACAAUUGCACACGUAACUUACCCGACCCAUCCUCUAGCCCUUAAUGUUAGUGUAGAAGUUGAUGGCUGAGGCUUUGUCUUCGUUUAAUUUGUGUAUAUAAGUUAAUAGAAGUAAUAGGCUUACUUUAGGUGCUUCCAUCAGUCUCAACUUUUAGUAGGUAAACUUGCUGUACCUAGCCUAACAUUUGGCUACAUCCAAAUCAACUGAGUCGUAUGGAUAAUCGGGUUUUCGUUUGAGUCCCGCUCUGCUAAUGAUCAGCAGAAUUAUUGUGCUUACCACAGGCUUCUCACUUUAUAGGGGUAAAGUAGUUUCAUCCUGCGAAUUACUUUGUUAAACGAAGCAACUAAGUGUUUAGUUGGAUAGAAAUAAUCUAUGAGCAGUUGAUUUUUCUGCGUGUAACACCUGAUUAGUGCAAGACUGCACAUUUAGUAAUAGAUUGGUUUCCAUUCAUAUUGAGUCGAUUUACUAUCGAUAUCAACAAUGCCAGGACGUAUACAGCACGUCUCACUCACUAUCCAUAUGCUUGCCGCAAGAAGUACCUGCUUCUUGACCAAAGCAUUAAUGGAAACAAUUUUUUGUUGUACGUGGAAAAAGUAUGGAGCUAGAAGAUUAGUUUCCAAAUCCUAAAGUUCUAAUGUAUAAAAAGUAUGUAAUGACGGAAUGAUUAAUUCACUGUUAGCAUAGAUUACUGAUGUGCACUUACAUAUUAUAUCACUUACAGAAACCCACACGUACUCAGUAGUUAGUCAUGAUUAAUUUUAUUGUCUAAACGUUUUAAGCGGUUGAAGAGGGUCUACAAAAUAACUUCUUGCCGUCCUACGAUUAUUGUAUGUUUCACUAAGGCCUAUAAAGAUGUGGGACUGUUUAAAAAGAAUGUUUUCAUCUGUUGGAGUGUACGAGAUACAAUUACAGGGAUCCCGUGUGUUCCAUCCUUACGUUUUAUCAGUAUUAUUCCCUAAGGAUUGCUCAUUGCGUUUUUGUUUAUUAUCCAUGUAAACAUUUUCUGAUUUGAGACAUGAUUACCUCAUUGAUCGAGUCAAAAGUCUGACUUAGUUUGAAAAUAUCCAUAUAUUACAAAAACAGGGAUUGUGAUUUUAAAAACUGUUCAUCACUAAGAUAUUUCCUACUUUUAGGUCUGGGUCUUUUAUAUAUCUCAAUAAAGAUGCCAAAGAGUAAGUCCAUUGAAGCACGUCCAAGAAAACGUAAACAAAGUCAAAGAACUGAGGAACUUACCACUUCAGUUUCUGAGCAUCCUAAACGCGAAGUAAAUCACAUAUCACACCUGUCAGAUGGCUCACGCCACCCAAAACUCAGAAGCCGUGUUAGCCAUGAGCGAUCAUUCCUAACAGAUUUCCACAUUGUAAACAAAGUUCCAAAGUGGCUCAUUUUAUCUUUCAUAUAUUUGGGGGUCUUGAUUUUUUUGAUGAUGAUUGUCUUUCGUCAAGUAAUGGUAUGGUAUCAGGGAAAACAAGUUAUUACUCCACUUCAUCUACCUAAAGUAGUAUCGGAUGCUUCAUCGCAUGAACGAUCUCAUAGUUUGUUUUGGGGAAGUUAUCGUCCCGGAAUUUAUUUUGGUAUGAAACAUAGAAGCCCCAAAUCUCUUUUGUUUGGAGUUAUGUGGACAGUCCAAGAUCCAGAAAAUUUUGUCUACCGCCACUCAUGUGAUCAAUUUGAUGGCGUUCUAAGCUACAACUGGUUGGAACACGAUGGUCGUACUUUUGGAACACAGCAAAUAGUGGAUAUCCAUCAUAUUAUCACGAUAUCUUUUGUAAAACCGUCUUCUGACUUGAUGGGCGGUGACUGGACAGUAAGGAUUUCGGCAGUUGCGCGGAAUCGUACUUCUAUGGAAUAUCCAUUGUCGGUGAUUGUCUACUUUUAUUAUCCUGGUGAUAAAAAUGACUUCUUCAUCGAACCAGUCAUUUCGAAUAAGAAAAUUACUGGAUUGGAAGGUAGUUCAAUGGAGUUGAGUGAUUUUCAUGUUUUGUUUCAUCCUACUCCUCAUAAAUUACAGGAGAGUUCUCUCGUGGCUUAUAUACCUAGAGAAGAUACAAUUAAAGAGACAAUGUUAUCUGGUUUAGGAGUUAGAAGAGAUAAGAAUUUCUUGGCACUAACAGGUGUCACAAAGAAUCAUAAUAAAAAUCAACCUCCAAAUGCAUGGUUUUAUGAAAUAAGUACAAAACCCAAUGAAAAUAAUCAACCAAUUCUGGAUGUCGAAUUCCUUCGAUCACAAAGUCCAUUUGAAGGUUUUCAUGGGAAUAGUUUCUCCGAAGAGUUAUCUAAACAGUCUAUAAGUUUCCAUAAACGUUUUGUUGAAAGAUUCAGUGUUGAUUUAACGAAGUUUUCUAAUAGACAGGUCAACUUAUCUAAAAUUUCAGUCAGCAAUCUACUGGGUGGUAUUGGUUUCUUUUACGGCACAUCGUUAGUUCGUUCGGCUAAUAUUGGACCGGAACCAGUAUCUAAUUGGGCGUCUAGUUUAUUUACUGCCACUCCAUCUCGUCCCAACUUUCCGCGUGGAUUUUUAUGGGAUGAAGGAUUUCAUGGUUUGAUAUUGGCCCGAUGGGAUCCAAAUCUUGCAAUGGAAACAGUCGGUUCAUGGCUCGAUCUUAUGAAUGCUAAUGGUUGGAUUCCACGUGAACAGAUUUUAGGUUGGGAGGCCAGGUCAAAGGUUCCAUCCGAAUUUGUUGUUCAGUCCUCUGAUGUUGCCAAUCCACCAUCCUUGAUUUUAACUGUUGAAGCUUUGUUAGAUCGUUUGCCUCGACUAACUGUUGCUGAAGCUAAUGAAUUUCGUCGUUGGUCUUUGUUAAUUCUUCCAAGGCUACAUGUUUGGUAUCAAUGGUUCAAUACUACUCAGAUUGGUCCUGUCCCUCUGUCAUAUCGCUGGCGCGGUCGCAAUCCAAAUGAAAUUCAUCAGCUGAACCCUCUUACAUUAAGUUCUGGAUUAGAUGAUUUCCCUCGUGCCUCUCAUCCAACUGAUGAUGAACGUCACAUUGAUUUACGUUGUUGGAUGACUUUGUUUGCUCGUGUAAUGGCAAGAUUGGCUUCUAUUGUUACACAAUUUAUGCAAGCAGAUCAAAAUGCAAAUGGUCGGUCAAAGCUAGAAGAGACUCGUUCAUUGAUUGCUGAAUAUACUCGUUGGGCUGAUCUAUUAUCAGAUGAGAAUGAACUGGAUAGACUUCAUUGGUCAGGAAAACAGGGCCGCUAUGCUGAUUACGGUCUGCACACAGACUUUGUUAGACUAGAGAUGCCUGAUAUACCUAAGGGAUCACAUGUUUCUGAUGAGCAGAUGAGAUUGGUACGAGUAACUGUGAAAACCCCAUCACUGCAGUUAGUGGACACCUCGUUUGGAUAUGUAAAUUUAUUCCCAUUUCUUUUGAAAGUUCUUUCUCCUACAUCACCACGACUUCCUCGUUUGUUAGCUGACCUGAGUAAUAAGGAAUUGCUGUGGUCUGAGUUCGGCUUGCGUUCAAUCAAUCUUAAGUCUCCUUUUUAUCAUACACACAAUACCAAAGAUGACCCACCCUACUGGCGAGGUGCUAUAUGGAUAAAUAUAAAUUAUUUGGCCGUACAGUCACUACGUUAUUAUUCUCACCAUUCACGUACACCUGUACCUGUCGCUGCAGAAGCUAAACGAUUGGCUGAACAACUGACGCAAAAUUUAGCACGUACCGUAUUAGGUGGACUUGAACGAACAGGUCAUUUAUGGGAACAGUAUAACGAUCAGACUGGAAAUGGUCAACGUGGUCAUCCGUUUUCAGGAUGGACAAGUUUAAUUAGUUUAAUAAUUAGUGAUAGUUCUUAACUUGUUUGUACAUUGUUUUUAUCAUUUAUAUGCCGUGACUUAAUGUUGUAUAUCCUUUUCUUUUUUACGUAUUUUGUCUUUAUGUUGUUAUAUUUUUGAUCUGAUGAAUAAAUUUUGGUGGAAUAAUAGGAAGUAUCUGAAUGGAUACUAAGUGAUUCUUCAAGUAGAAUAAUUAUUUUGGUCUUGGAGUCUGUAAUAAGGCUUGAAACGUACGGUGUUAAUAAACCAAAAAUUCAUGAGAAGACCGUUAUGAACCGGCUUCAAGCAAUUAUCUUUUGGCCUCUGGAUUUAUUCUUCCAGGUCAUCAGGAGCACUUCUACUCGUAAAAAGUGAUAGUAACCCCUAAGGAGAGAGGGAAUGUCUAAUUAAAAGACACAGUCGAAUUUUUUGAUAUUUCAACCCAGAGAAUAGAUAAUGGUUACUGUUUGUUCUGAAAAUGUUCAGACCACUGUUCAUUCAUAGCACGUAUCAACAUUAAUUAUAAGAAGAGACUUACAUAACCUAGCGGCCCUCAACCUCGACACGACUAUGGAUAGAAAUAAGGUUAUAUAACCAUCAGUCAUUGUCGUUGUUAUGAUAUCCAAACACCUGUAAGCACUAAAAUGAUAUCUGUCAUCAACUUGAGUCAAAAGGUUAGGAAGGACCAUUAAAUUCCUGAAGUUCUUAUCAAAUUCUUAACUGCUUUAAAAUUCAUCCUGUUAUACACGGAAAAAGACAGAUUGACGACAACUCAAACAUAGGCUAAUAAAAACAUUAUGAAAUGAUCAUGAUCAAUGGUGGACAAUAAAAGCAAAAUAGACGGGAAAGGCAAUAGGCAGCACUAGAUAUCUGUCCCGACACGUCACAGAUAGAUGCAUUAGAAAGCCGGUUGUCAGCUGAUGUAUUUCUGAAAAAAACGGAAAUAUUAUUUAUUAGGUUUAGGAGAUUAAACAAAUGGACAGCAUAGUGGGCAACAAUUCAGCUGACCUUCAGUAACUCACCUCUUCCCAACAGCCUGAUUAAGAAAUCGCUACAAUUCUCCCAACUCUUUUAAGGAUGGAUAUGGUCAUAUCUAUCUUGAAGCAAGGGAAAUCAGCAGGACCUGAUAGAUUAACUUGGAGGUUAUUUAGUCAUGGUGGUCCAGUAUUAGCUGCUAGAGUUUAGGAGCUUGGGGUAGUCCCGUCUGACCGGCCAUGUUCACUAACUGUCAGUUUAGAAAUGACAAAUCUUUCUGCGAAGGAAUUACUUUGUUUUGUAUAGUCCCAACAUGUCAGCCUCAAUUAUCGCUCUAUCAUUAUUUAGAUCUCGAAAAUAACAAACUAGGAAAACCUAGAUUGAAUUCAAACUGGAAUCCGGAUGUAUCAAUCAAAUAUUCAUACUUCCAGGUCCCAGCACACCCAAGUCACGUUCACCUGUGGUUAUGUAUCCUAACUUAAGGUUCUUUACUAAGAACCUUUUGGUUAAAUCAGCGCUUAGGGCGAACUGUAAUCUAGAUUGACAAUCUCAGUUUGUCUCCUUCAAGAUUGUAUAUACUAUUACUCUUCGUAUCUUAUUUCGUUAUAAAUUACCUCGCCCCAGAAAUCAUAAAUUUCAGAGGUCGGUAUUUUAUCAGGUUCACUUAAUGACAGUCCUAUUUGUGGAAGAUACACUAUCCAAUCUUUUGAACUUGAGUGACAGUAGAAUCAUGUUUAGCAUUUGUUUCCAUCCAAAAGCAGAAUGCUGCUUCAGUACUGGUCUGGGUCAGUCCUUACACUAAUGAUAGAGUGAAGCGGCUGGGCGCGCGCCAGUUCGAUUCAGUCUCAUUAACCAUCGUUUUUUGGUGGCUGACACGGAUUCUUAUAUCUCUCUUGGUUUCUCUCAGUGUGCUCACUCGUGCCGUAGAAAAGAUACCUGUCUUCCAAUCAAGUUAUGAGUACAUUAUACAUCAACGCGCUCUAUAUCACUGUAUGGUUGUGAAACAUGGCCUACGAAAGUAGACGAUACUCUUGGGUUACUGGUAUUUGACUGUAGAUAUCUUUGAAGUAUUACUCAGGUGUGACAAGUUCACUAAGUAAGCUAUGAUGAUAUUUGACGUGAAGUAAUUAUUCAUCGAUUAAGGUGACUUGGACAUGUAUUACUUAUGCCCAAUCAACACAUCCCUCGAUGCGCAUUGCUGGGUAAUGUGGGAGUAGGUAGGGGUAAGAAUUCAUGAUUAUCUGACUUAAAUGUUUUGGAAAAUACAAACUAAUUUGUUGAGACCCACAAGACAGUCCUAGUUAUUGGUCGGGCGUGGGUGAUGACUCAGUCCGUUGUAUUAGUUCAAAUACAUUCUCUAUAUAUAAUUUCUUUCUAGACUAUAUUCUUCGCUGUCUGAUUUAUGCGAAUAUCAUCAUUUAUACUACUAGCUCUACUACCAUGCCGUUCAUUCUAAUGAUUCCAUCUCGUGUUCAUUCGGUAUAGCGUUUUAAGCUAACAGAUGUUUUCAGUAUAGGGUUGUGGAUAUUGUUAAGAUUUGAUUGAGAUCAUGAAUGGAUCGAUUUUAGACCACCAUUAAAAACCUGGGAGCACUGGAUGGACGUUUCAUCCUAGUAUGAGAUUCCUAAGCAGUGCGCAUCCACACCGUUGGAUACCGGUUCAGUAGUCUGGAAGUUAAGCGUUCGUGCGCGAGACCGAAGGCCCUGCGUUCGUGUCCUGGGUGCACACUGCUGAUAGGUCCUAUACUUGGACGGUACGGCUGUCCACUGCUUCUAGGUUUUCAAUGGUGGUCUAACAUUAAUCUAUUCCUGAUCUCAAUCAUAACAGACAUUUGUGGCAAGCCGUAUGUUAACAAGGUCUGAUUGACUUUGAAAUGUAAAACUAAUGAGUAGUUUGACAGAAAAUGAUAUUGUUUAAUGCCUUCGAAUGUAUGUUUACUGUGGUCGUUUAGUUUACUGAUAAAAAGAUAGGGACUAGUGCGUCAAACGUGCAAUUCGUUAGCCAAAUGAGGCCUUAAAGUUAACAUCGAGAUAACUGCUGAUCAUGACAAUGCAUUAGACUAUAGCAACUCACGUGCAAUUGAGUUUGUUCACAUUUACUUUGGUUAAGAUGCUAUGCGGUCAUAUGGAUGAACACCUUUAUUAUAUGUU